GCUUUAUAUUAGGAUAGCUAUUUCCUGUUUUUGAAAAGGUGAAGAUUUCGUCAAUCAGUUGAGUUUGUACCAAACUCCUCAGUUAUUUUGCAGUUUUAGUGACAGCUGUCAAUUAAGAAAAUGGGAAAGACAACAGAUGGAGAAACAUCAAUAAAGAAAGAAACCAUGGAAACCGAGGACACAGAAACUGGUACCCGGAAAAGUCAAAGGUUGAGACUUAAACCAGUACAGAGACACACAAAAACAAUCAAGGAGAAGAAAAACUUAAAGAACUGUAAUAAGAAUUUAAAAUCUUUACAAGUAUAUCUGAAAAACAAGAAGAAAAAAAAAAAGGAAAAUUCUAACAUAGAGAAGAAAGCCGAUAGUGAUGCUCCUAUCAUAUCAAAUAAAGGUGAUGUGAAGAUCAAAUCUGACACGACAUGUAAACUUUGCAAUUUUAAUCUUAAAACUGAACACAAAUUUCAUUAUCACAUGAAAACUCAACAUAAACAUGAUAAAGAGACGUCUCUGAAGCGUGUACAAGGGUCUAUAAAAUGCAAGAAAACAAAAAAGAAACCAGUACAGAAAGCUAAAAGUUAUACUACAAGUGCAAUUAUAAAGGACGUUGAGAUAAAAUCAGAGAAGGAAAUCGAAACACAAACUGAUAAUUCAGACGAUGGGUCUCUUGAUUCAACAAAGUCUGUAAAAUGUAAACUCUGUCAGAAAGGUUACAAAAAACUAAAUGGUUUGAGUCAGCAUCUAAGAUUGACUCAUAAAACAUAUUGCAUUCACUGUGAAGAAAAUAUGUCCUCAGUUGAUGAGUUAAAAGAACAUCUCAACAAGACUCAUAAUAUUUUUGCAUCUGAGGAUGGUUCAUUUAAAUAUGGCUGUAAAAUUUGCGGAAAAACAUUUCCAAAUGGCCACAAGUUGAAAGCUCAUGAAUACGUUCACAACAUUCAUCCACCAUUGAAAUGCAGUAUCUGUCAUCAGAUUCUGAAAUCGGAAAAAACUUUAAGUUAUCACAUGAAAACAAAACAUAAUGAUGCAUAUCAGAAAAAUGUUUCAUGCGAAUAUUGUGGAAAGUUAUUCUGGUGUAAGUCUGAAUUGGAUAAACAUUCACGUGUCCAUACAAACGAACGACCAUAUUUAUGUCAUAUUUGUAGCAGUUCUUUCAAGACGGCAGGGAAUUUAAGAAAUCAUCAAAGGGCUAUUCAUGAAAAUCAUUUUUGGAUUUGUGACGUAUGUGGACAAAAAUUUAAAUCCAAACCUCGUUUUCAGGAACAUUUGUAUAAGGAAAAGCAUGGAAAAGAAGGGAAACCCAUCCAAUAUAAAGAAUUCCCUUGUAAUGAAUGUGGAAAAAUAUUCCCACGUAAAAUUGACUUUCAAAUUCAUUUCCGCAUUCAUUCUGGAGCUAAACCUUACAAAUGUCUUGAAUGUGGUCGAUCUUUCCGUUGUCAUAACCAUCUGACACAACACAAAGUUACCCAUACUGGUGAAAAACCCUUUAAAUGUAAAUUCUGUGGGAAAGGUUUUAGUCAGUAUGCCAAUGUUAAUUGUCACAUGAAAAAACAGUGCAAGUUCAAAGGUCAAGAAAAUAAAAAUCUUUCAACCUUUAAGGAAGAUGCCACUCAAAUUUUUGAUCAUAGUUUAAUGUUGAAUGAGAGUUCAAUUCGUUUAGUAGCACCACCAGGCGUGAACAAAAUUAAACAGGAGAAAAAACCAAAAGCAAAAGAACCAAACAAACCUGAAAACACGAGUUGGAAAGUUAAGCAUGUAUCAGCCGACAUCGAAGGACCAGAAGAAAUACACAUCAAUCAUAAAGGAACACAAUCAGACUUUUCUCUUAAGACGGAAAAUGAAGAAGAAGUUAAAUCAGAUAAAAUUGUACAUUUUCUAGUUGAUAACAUUGUUGAAGAUAUGCUGAAUGAUGUACGUAAUAAUGCUGUGAAGAAGCAAGAUGGCAGCCAUGAUGGUAGCGAAAAAAUCGUCAAAGUUGUUAGCGCUGUUAAAAAUGUCGGAAUUCAAGAUGGCAAUGGAGACAUCAUCAAUGUUGUUGAUACUUGUAAAGAAGUCUUGGGUAGUGAUCAUAAAAACAAAGAUGCCAGUGGGGAACGUAGCUGUGGAAUUAUAAACAUACUCAAAGAUGACAGCCAUAAUGAUAAACGUGGAGUUGUCGACAUUUACAAAUAUGGCAGCAUAAAUGAUGAAUGUGAAAUUAUUAAAAAUGUUGAUAAAGAGAUACAACAGUUGCCAUCAGAUAUAGAGGGUGGAAUUUUACAACCAGAAGUGUUUACAGCAGAACCCCAUGUUUCUGAGGUCUCUAAUUUUGAAGACAAAUCAAAUCUAGCACUUACCGACAACCACCAAAUUAUGAUUCUGAGAAAUAAUGAUAUGCAAGAAAGCAAGGUAGUCUUGGCUGAAAUCACAGAAAACGGAAUGAUGCGUUACAUACCUGUACCUAUAACAGACCAAGACGGAACAACAAUGUUUGUUUUAGAUCCGGCAAAUACUGAGCAUUCAAAAACGUAUCAUAAUCAGUAUGACCUAUUGAAAGGUCACGCAGAAAGGGAGACAAUUCAUAUCUAUACACAACAAGGGCUAGCAACUGCAUGUUUACCACACGGUGUUGAAACUGUGACUAGACCUCAGGGUCAAGAAUCUGUAGGUGAACAGCAAGUUCUUGAAUCUGUAGGUGAACAGCAAGUUCUUGAAUCCGCAGGUGAACAGCAAGUUCUUGAAUCUGUAGGUGGACAGCAAGUUCUUGAAUCUGUAGGUGAACAGCAAAUUCUUGAAUCUGUAGAUGGACAACAUUGCUUUGAAAAUACAACGAAUGCAGAAAAAAUAGAUCAAGACGGGUUUGAGCCAAUGGAAGUAACAUAUUCUUCAAUGUACAGUCUGUCAGAAAUGAAAUCUGCAGAAAAUGAUAUUUAAUGCCACACAUUGUUGUAAAUAAUUUAAUGAUUAGGCUAUACAAAAUAAUACAAGCGUGUCUGCUUACUCUCCCUAACCUUAUUUUUAGAGCCUACCCUAACACUCAAAUUUUUAAGCCAAUUUUGAACAAGCACUGUUAAUUUAGAUCUAAUUUUACGAAGAAAUCAACAUGGUGUAAACACAGAUCAAACUGACCCUUAAAUGAAAACUACUUUACCCUUUGCUCAAUAUUGAAGGGGUAACAGGAGACUUAAGCAAAAAUAUAUUUAUAUACUUGUUGCUUGUACAAUCGUUAAUUGCUUAGACUUUAGUUUUAUAUGAUGUGUCUUGUGUACUAUUAUUUAUCUGUUUGUCUUCGUUUUUAGCUAUGGCUGCGUCAGUUUAUUUUCGAUCUAUGAGUUCGACUGUUCCUCUAAUAUCUUUUGACCCUCUUUUAGCUGUACACAUCUUUUUGCCCUGGGUUUAUCUGUCAAUAAUAAGUUAUGGUACUUUUGUCAUUUCAACAAGUACAUUAAGCAGUAUAGGUUAACUACAUCUGUCAAUAAUAAGUUAUGGUACUUUUGUCUGUUCAUCACAUACAUUGAGCAGUAUAGGUUAACUACAUCUGUCAUAAAAAGUUAUGGUACUUUUGUCAGUUCAUCACAUACAUUAAGCAGAAUAGGUUAACUACAUCUGUCAAUAAUAAGUUAUGGUACUUUUGUCAGUUCAUCAAAUACAUUGAGCAGAAUAGGUUAACUACAUCUGUCAAUAAUAAGUUAUGGUCCUUUUGUCAGUUCAUCAAAUACAUUAAGCAGUAUAGGUUAACUACAUCUGUCAAUAAUAAGUUAUGGUACUUUUGUCAGUUCAUCAAAUACAUUAAGCAGUAUAGGUUAACUACACAUGUUGUUUGUAAUGGCUGUCAAGUGUUCAUGUCUGACUGGGUUCAUAUGACCUUGACCAAUCUCAUGGUUCAUUGAUCAAUAUUAAGAUUUUGUGGUACGAUCUGUUUCUUUAGUAAUAUUAUAAAUGGAAACACUGUAUUUGGUGAGUGGAAUGAUUACAAGGUCAUGAAGGUGGACAUAUCCGUCUCAAAAUGACCUUAUUUUCACAUAUGAACCUUCCAUAAUGUUAAGUGCAAGUGAUUCUAGAAGUAAAACCUUUGUACUCAUGAUAUAACAGAUUUUCAUAAAAAAAUCAUUUUAAGAAAAAAGGCAGAACAUUUCAGCAUGUGUUUUUUUUAAAGAUAUUUCUCAUGCCUUAAUAACUUGGUCGUAAGGAUUUACCAAAAAAAUGUGUUAAAAUUUCAAUAAUACUGUAAAUUACAGAAUCCAGCAUCUGUUAAUUAUUCAAUAAUCAUUUUUUUUUCUAUAUUUAUAUGAGAGAAUAUAGUUUUAUAUGACGCUGAAAUAAUAAUAGAUGAAAUUCAUAAUUAAGAGGCAGGCCCGUAGCCAGGAAUUUCCAAAGGGGGUUCGUUUGACUCACAAACUCGACUUUAACAGUCAUAAUUCGAACAGAACAUCGACUUUAACAGUGCUUAUUUGUUUUCAAGGGGGGGUUCGUCCGAACCCCCCGAACCCCCCCUGGCUACGGGUAUGAGAGGUAUUGUAUGA